CAAUCAACUGCCGGUACUCCGUUUCACAGCACUCAUUCCUCAAUUACUACACACGACUUUCAGCUGAGGCACCUGCAGUAGGCUUUGAUCCAGAAUAAUAUAUAAAAAAAUAACUUUUUUGACGGACAUGGAUACGAGACGUCUAAAGCACCAACCCGCAGAAAAGGAGGGGACCCCAAUCCAGAUAAAGGGAGUCCGCAAAUCUUCUCGAACAGUCUUGCCACCCAAACGCCUUCGAUACUCCCCUGCUGCUCUACUGCCACCCAGGAGACAGUUUUCUAAAAAGCGCAACAUAGAAAACGACAAGGACGAACAAGACGAUGUUUCAGUUGCGGAAAACAACAAGGAAGUUACAAAUGACAAAGGACUUUCAGCUUAUGAAUUGGAGCGUUUGGAAAACAUCAGGCAAAAUCAAGCCUUCCUCUCUGCUAUCAAUCUGUUUCAGGUAGACGCGUCUGAGGAGUUGAAACGGUCGUCGGCGAAGCUGCAGCCAUCGCAGAGGGGUCUUGCGAGGUCACAUGCGGAGGUAAAAGAAGUGCUGCCGCCUCGCAAGUCCCUGCGUCUCCAAAACAAACAAGCAGAGGUCUGGACCCUUCCCCUUGAACACAACAGAUGGAGUGUCCCAAGACCGGAUUUGUGGGCCAAGAAGCCUGCAGGUCCUCUAUCCAUGGAGCCUGUCAACAUGGCUGAAGCAAGCAAACUGCCACCUCAGCUUCUCAGGCUCUGCUCUGAUGUAGGAGGCGCUCAAGUGGUCUCGCCAAAACAAAUGGGAGAACUUAAUUUGUCAAAGUACUGCUCCACGCUGGGGAAGAUGAGGAUUAGUGAAGACAAAGUGGCCAAAGUGGUGACGGACCACAUCUUCUCAGCAGCCUUCCACCCUUCUUCCACAAGUCUGUUAAUGGCCGCUGGCGACCAGAAAGGGAAAGUCGGCCUCUGGAGUUUAGGUGAAGACUGGGGAAAUGAUGGCGUUCUUCUCUUUGAGCCCCACAGUCGCCCAGUGGGCUGCUUGGCUUUCUCCAGGGCGCAUUCCACACAGCUGCUGAGUCUCAGCUACGACGGAUCUCUGCGCUGCAUGGAUGUGGAAAAAGCUGUCUUCGAUGAUGUGUACAACGUUGAAUAUGGGCUGAAAACCUUCGACUUCCUGUCACAUGACUGUUUGACCCUCGUGGUCGGGGACUGGUACGGAAAUGUGGCCAUCGUGGACAGACGUACCCCAGGAACCUCACACGAGUCUUUCCACUCACUGGACCCCAAGGUUUUACGCUGUGUCAGCGUUCAUCCUCUACAGCAGCAAUACGUUGUAGUGGCAAAGAACAGGGAGGUGAGCAUUUAUGACAUUCGAAGUCUGAAGAUGAAUGAAAGCCAGCCUGUCUGCCAGCUGAAUGGUCACUCUUUAAGCAUAUCCAGCUGCUUUUUCUCACCCUGCACGGGCAACAGAGUGAUCACUUCUUGCAAGGACAACCGCUUAAGGGUAUAUGACACAUCUUCCCUGAUGUCUGAAGCCCCCCUGCUGAAGUCCAUCAGCCACAACAUGAAUACGGGUUGCGUGGUGUCCACACUGUCGGCCGUGUGGGAUCCCAAACAGGAGAACUGUCUAAUAGUGGGAAGCGUUUCUUGGCCGCGCAAGGUGCAGGUGUUCCACGAGAGCGGCCGACUCUUACAGUCCUUCGAAGACUAUGAGCUCCUCCACACCGUGCAGUCAGUCACUGCUUUCCACCCCACCAGAAACGCAAUCCUGGGCGGCAACUCGUCAGGACGCCUGCACGUCUUCUCUGAUUGACACAAUAUUAAAACAUUCACAAGUUGUCACUGCUGGCAGUCAUCCAUCUGGAUGUCUGUUAAACUAUUGUUACUUAUGAUAGAUCACAACAAAACCUUGUCAGAAAAGUAUUGGUUUAAAACAAGUUAUCUUGUUAAACUGUUUUUGUUUGUUUUUAAUUCAGUGCAAAUGUUUGUUGAGGAGUUCAAAUUGUAUUAAUGUUUUAUUUUGAAACUGAUUCUAUAAAUUAUAUCUAAGUAACUUUUCAGUGGUGUUCAUUUCAAAUGACCGCCUCUAGAUGUAUUGUUACACUCUAUUUCUACACUUCUAUGACCUGUGUCAUAGAAGUUUGCAAAUUUUUUGCCGUUUCAGUUUUUAAGUUAUUCUAAAAUAAAUGUUCUGAUUGAUGUCAUCCUUUCCACCACUUUGUCAAAAUCUCCCCAAAUUUGUCCCAUUUGUUUGUACUGCAACAUGUUUUGUCUGUUAUAAUUUUUAUGUUAAUGUUUUAUUUAUUACCAGCCCCUUCACCUUUUCUCAAACAUUUGUGCUGGAACAUUCUUUUGUCUUAGUUAUUGUGUCAUUAUUCAUAUCCAACCCCAUCACCUUGUCAACAUCUCCUAACUUGUACAUUUGUGCUAUGUUAUUUGCCUAACUUUGAUAGUUUUUAUUCAAUAUAAAAACUAUAAUGGACAAAUUAUGUGCAGCACAAACGGUUGGGAGAUUAUGACAAGGUGAGGGGGCCUGGUAAUUAAUAAUAAGUUGAUAACUAAAAUAGUUUAUAAUGGUUUCUAAAACACAAUUUGCUGCACAAACGAAUGUGGACACAUGAAUUGUUUCCUUUUGCCAUUCGAGUC